AGCCCUCUCCCGCGCCCCGCCGUGGCGGACCCGCCGGACCCGAUGGCGGCGCGCCGCAGGGAGGCCGGCUGCUGCCUCGGCGGCGUCGGACGCCUCCUGGGGCGCGGCGGGGCUGCGAGCGGGAGCGCCAGCGCCUCCGCCGCCGCCGCCCCGCCCCCCGCUCUGCCACCGGGAGCCGAGGAGGCCUUGCUCACAUUGAGGGAGCUGGUCGGUGCCGCGGCGCAGGAGGAGGCGCGGCAGCUCGAGGUGAGCCUGGACAUAGAGCUAAAGGGCGUGUGGUCCAGACUGGCGGCCGCGAGGUCGCGGGGGAGGCCUUCGCGGAUGAAGCUGCGGGGCGUCGGCAGGCAUGACACCGUGGCUGGUUGCGAGCAGCUGAUCAACAAGCGGACGAGUGCACCAAAGAGGCAUACAGUGGCGAUGGGCUGCCCUCCGGAGUUUUUACCACGUCGACCUUCAUCGGCGUCAGGCAGCGGUGACGAGCUGUCCCGGGACCACGAGGUGCACAGCGACGAGGCGCACUCCACGGACGACGGGCGCCUGGACCACGGUCGCGCGACCCGCUCGAGCGGCUCACGCUCGAGCUCCGUCAGCAGCUCGCGGCGCGGCUCGGCGGCGCGCUCGAGCUCCAUCGGCAGCUCCCGGCGCGGGUCGACCCGGGUGGUAUCCUUCCCGUGGGACGGCACCAUGACACAGAGCGACGACGAGGAGGACGGCGACAAGGAGGAGACCGCCUUCGAGCAGAAGUCGUCGAUGGGCGGGUGCUCCGACGGGGGCUCGAGCAGGACGCUAUCGUGGCGAGCGGACGCGCUGGACAUGGGCGACAGGCUCGCGUCGUCGUCGGCCGCAAAGAAGGGCGGCGCGUCUGUGGACUCCAUCGUAGACUUGGUGACCGCGGAGCGCGAGCGCUGGGAGGAGGAGAAGCAGGCGCUGGAGACUCGCCUCGAGGAGCUGAAACAGGAGCAGCAGGCUAUGAUGACGGAUCGGAAAGACCCAGAGAAGGAGAGCUUGAAGGCGCAGUUGCAGGACUUGCGGAAGACCAUCAAGUCCCGCAGCCGCUUCGGCGCGUGGAUGUGCGAGCGGCACAUGCAGGAGAGCGACGACGAGGACGACGGCAACGCCGACAAGGAGGUGCUCCGCGCACAGCUCCAGGCCCUGAGGGAGGAGGUGCGCAGCGCUCGGCUGGAGGCUCGCGCCAAGAUGCGGGCGCAGCCUGGGUGCGCUGGAGCUGCGCGGGCGUAAGCGUGCUGCCCGGAGGCUGGACAGAAGCGCCUGCCUGCCGAAGAA